ACCCGCUGAAAUUCCGGUUUUCAAUCUCACCCUGGGCGAGGAUCAAAAAACCACCAGUCGAUGGGUGGUGGAAAAAUCCAUGGAAUUCAAUAAUGAAUAUCCGUUGACCAUGCCACUGUGGUAUCCCAAUUGUAACCUGACAAUGAACAGAUAUUAUCAUUGGUUCAGUGUCAUAUUGUUUAUGUGGCUGCCGGCGCUGUUAGUGGAUUGUCUGCUGACUCUGUGUGGUCAGAAGAGAUUCUUAUUGCGUGCCCACAAACGUCUAAUGGCCGGUUUGAAAGUUUUGCAAUUUUUCACCACCAAAGCAUGGAAUUUUCAAAAUCCCAAAUAUAUUGAGCUAUGCGAAUCGUUGACACCCGAAGAAAAGGCAAUCUUCCCCACUCCGCUACAAUUCGACAAGGAUGAAUAUAUGUUCAAUUGCUGUAUUGGCGCCCGACAAUAUGUCUGCAAGGAGCCCAUGAGUAAUGUACCCCGGGCCAAGGUUAUCUAUAGAAUCAUGUACAUUUUGGAUCGUGUCUGCAAAAUUCUAAUCUGCAGUUGGUUCUUUUAUUGGCUAUCUAUGAAGUUGGGCGUUGUCGAUUAUUUGUGUUACAUUAAUCCGUUACAUCUGUUGACACCGGUAAAACAAUAG